AUGGAGAGUUUGUCUGGGAGUUGCUGGAGAGAGAGCCGCAGGAGCAGCAUGGAGGACAACACGUCGCUACACAACACCUCUUUUAAGUCCUGGCGCAAAACUCUACCAAGGGCACGAGUAGGCUGCGCUCUGGUCUUCCUGGCCGUGUUUCUGCUGAGCUCAGCAGGGGUUCUCUUGGUGGCGCUUGCUCUGAGAGGGGCCGACCCCUCGUCACCUGACACCCAGUCUGCAAAGCAUGAUGGGAGACGUUCACCAGACCACAGUAGACAACAGCAGAAGAAUGAAGACAAGAAUCCAAGUGCCUUGCUCACAGCUCCGGAAGGCAAUAGAACAGAUGGCCAAUAUCUGCGGUGGGGGACUGAGCACCACAACGCUCACCUUCACGGGGGCUUCUCCUACUCCGACGGCAGCCUGGUGGUGCCCAGGACCGGACUGUACAGGGUCUUCCUGCAGGUCACCUACUGGAUCCCGGAUGACUUCAAAUACGACACUUGCCCCUUGCGCCUGGAAAACAUUGUGUACAUUUUCAGGACCAGUUAUAAAGAGGACAUGCCUCUGCUGUCAACGAAGCACACAUUAAGCUGCAGCACCAAGAAUUGGUAUGAAACCGUUUACACCGCGGCGUCGUUUGAAUUGGACGCUCAGAGCAAGCUGAGGGUGACUUCAACACUGAAACAUCUCAUCUCUGCCGACGCUACUUCCGUCUUCUUUGGGGCAGAACUUCUCCCUUAGCAGUCUGGUAAAGCGCCAUUAUCGGCCGAUAAAUGCUUUAAAAUGUAAUAUCGGAAAUUAUCGGUAUCGGUUUCAAAAAGUAAAAUGAAUUACUUUUUAAAUUAAAAAUAAUGCACUUUGUGAAAGUCAAAGUAUAGUAUUUCCCAUAGUUGUAGUGGGUAUCAGGAUUAUCUCAGGGAGAGCAUGUCACAAAUUCCAAGCUGCUGUUUUGAGGCGUGUUAAAAAAAAAUGCACUUUGUGACUUCAAUGAUAAAUAUGGCAGUGCCAUGUGGGCACUUUUUUCCAUAACUGGAGUUGAAGUUGUUCUCUUAUUUUGGAAAACCUUGUUUUUGAUUGAUUGAUUGAAACUUGUAUACGUAGAUUGCACAGUACAGUACACAUUCCGUACAAUUGACCACUAAAUGGUAACACCCCAAUAAGUUUUUCAACUUGUUUAAGUCGGGGUCCACGUUAAUCAAUUCAUGGUAAAGUUACAUUGUUUAAUGCAUCACGCGGGGCAUCACAACAAAAGUAGGCAUAAUAAUGUGUUAAUUCCACGACUGUAUAUAUCGGUAUCAGUUGAUAUCGGAAUCAGUAAUUAAGAGUUGGACAAUAUCGGAUAUCGGCAAAAAAAGCCAUUAUCGGACAUCUCUAGCCAUUACUUUUUCUAUUAUAGGAAUACAUUAAAAAAAUAAUCAAAAAUAAUUAGUAACUAAAUUAAAAAAAAAACAUUUUUAAUUCACUUUUUAGAUCGCUUGUCAGCUGAUUUUUCGGUUGGGAGCAGGAAAGUGAGAAACUUUGUGACGUUCAUCGAACCCUCAAAGGCCAAAGAUGUAUAGACGUGGUCAAAAGUUUACAUACACUUGUAAAGAACAUAAUGUCAUGGCUGUCUUGAGUUUCCAAUAAUUUCUACAACUCUUAUUUUUUUGUGAUAGAGUGAUUGGAGUACAUACUUGUUGGUCACAAAAACAUUCAUGAAGUUUGGUUCUUUUAUGAAUUUAUUAUGGGUCUACUGAAAAUGUGACCAAAUCUGCUGGGUCAAAAGUAAACAUACAGCAAUGUUAAUAUUUGGUUACAUGUCCCUUGGCAAGUUUCACUGCAAUAAGGCGCUUUUGGUAGCCAUCCACAAGCUUCUGCUUGAAUUUUUGACCACUCCUCUUGACAAAAUUGGUGCAGUUCAGCUAAAUGUGUUGGUUUUCUGACAUGGACUUGUUUCUUCAGCAUUGUCUACACGUUUAAGUCAGGACUUUGGGAAGGCCUUUCUAAAACCUUAAUUCCAGCCUGAUUUAGCCAUUCCUUUACCACUUUUGACGUGUGUCUGGGGUCAUUGUCCUGUUGGAACACCCAACUGCGCCCAAGACCCAACCUCCGGGCUGAUGAUUUUAGGUUGUCCUGAAGAAUUUGGAGAUAAUCCUCCUUUUUUAUUGUCCCAUUUACUCUCUGUUAAGCACCAGUUCAAUUGGCAGCAAAACAGGCCCAGUGCAUAAUACUACCACCACCAUGCUUGACGGUAGACAUGGUUUCCUGGGAUUAAAGGCAUCACCUUUUCUCCUCCAAACAUAUUGCUGGGUAUUGUGGCCAAACAGCUCAAUUUUUGUUUCAUCUGACAUCACAUGGACAAGGAUAAGACCUUCUGGAGGAAAGUUCUGUGGUCAACUCCAAAAUAUUCGGCCUGUUCAGGAAUUUUGUGCUCUACGUCAAUAAUUAUAAAAAAAAAUUCCAGGAUUUCAGGUUCAUCUUCAGCAUUGGAGCAUUCACACACAAUUCCUUCAGGAAUUGCCUCAUCUAGUUUUAUACAUAUUAUUUUAUUUUUAACCCGAUAUUCUCCUUCUGUGUUUUCUGUGCUUCUGAUGUCAAUGAGCACCUAUACUAUAA